GGGUCCAUUGUCACCUUAUCUGACGACGACGUCAACCGCAUCUUUGCAGUGCUUGCCCACUCUCACGCUGUCAGCACACGUGAAUGCUAUGGGUCCGGACUUCUGGUAUACCAUGUCUUCUGCGAUUCUCGCAACAUCCCUGAAACUCAGUGUUGCCCCGCUUCGUCCUUUUUACUACUUGCCUUCGUAGCCAGCUGCGCUGGGUUAUAUUCAGGUCGUACGUUAGAAAACUAUUUUUACGGCGUGUGUGCCUGGCACUUGUUGCAUGGUCUACCCUGGCUGGUCGACCAAGCUCAAGUCUCUCUUGCCCUCGAAGGCGCAAAACGUCUUGCGCCGCCUCAAUCCUCUCAUCCUAAACGCUCCCCUUUCACGAUCACGCUGCUCACCCAAAUUCACUCAGUCCUCAACCUAUCUAAACCGCUGCACGCUGCCGUAUACGCAUGUCUCACGACAUCCUUUUUCACCCUCGCCAGAACCGGCGAAUUCACGGUCUCCUCCUUGUUGUCUUUCGAUGCUUCACGACACGUGAAAGUCGCCGACGUGCACUGCGAAGUCGAUCGCAACGGAUUUCAGGUCACCACCUUCCGCUUGCCUCGUACCAAAACGGCCCUUACCGGAGAAGAUGUCUACUGGGCUGCCCAGUCC